CUUUGCAUACAUCUGCCAGAAAGUUCAUGAUUUGUUUAAAGUAAUGGCAUUUGCAACAAAAAAUGUACGAUAUUUAUACAAAAUAUACAAUGCAAAUACAACAACUGUAUAUUCAGCACUUCGUCUACCAAUUGCUCGAAUAUCAGUUGUUCAGAAAAUGCAAAGACAAUUUUAUAACACAGAAACACAUAGACCAAAAAUAACAGGUAGUUUAACAAAUAUUCAAUCAUCUGGAGGAACUGUACAAUCUCUAACACAAGAUAGACUGGAUAAUAAAAAGUCGACUGAAGAAGCAAAUGAAGAAGCAGAGGAAAAGGAAAGACGAGAACAGUCACAAAGGAUGCUUAAAUAUAGUUUUACAUUUUUGGGAGUAUGCACAACUCUUGGACUGUCUUGUAUAGUAUAUAACUUAACAAAAACUAAAUACGACGAACAUGGAAAUGUGAUUGAAGAUGAAUUCGCUAAUUUACCAUUUUAUGAAAGAUUAUAUAAAAUGUUCAGACGGGAAUAUAACUAUUACACUAAGCUGUUACAAGAACCCAGCAGAGAUAAACUACUUCCAGAUCCACUCAAAUUACCUUAUAUUCAACCUCCAUAUACUUUGGUACUGGAAUUGACAGAUGUACUGAUACAUCCAGAUUGGACAUAUGAAACUGGUUGGAGGUUUAAAAAAAGACCUGGAGUAGACCAAUUUCUAGAGGCCAUAGCACCACCACAAUUUGAAAUUGUAGUAUAUACAGCAGAACAAGGAAUGACUGUUUUUCCUAUCUUGGAUAGCUUGGAUCCUAAUGGAUAUAUCAUGUACAGACUAGUAAGAGAUACAACACGUUUUGUAGAUGGUCACCAUGUUAAGGAUUUAAGUGCUCUUAAUCGUGAUCUUAGUAAAGUUAUAGUAGUUGACUGGAAUCCAGUGAGUACAAAAUUUCAUCCUGAAAACACUUUACGACUACCCCAAUGGACUGGUAAUGACGAUGAUACAACGCUAUAUGAUUUAGCUGCAUUCCUUAAAACUAUAUUAACGACAAAUGUGGAAGAUGUACGAGAAGUUCUCAAUUAUUACAGACAGUUUGAUAAUCCAUUACAAGCUUUCAGAGAAAAUCAACGAAAAUUCUUGAUGCAAAUGGAGGAGGAGGAAAAAAGUAGUAAUAUUGUUACAUCAAAAUGGAAGCCAUUUUUUUACUGGAAUCGCUAAAUCAUUAGAAAAUG